AUGCGCCGGGUACCCGCGCCAUACCAGCGCAAGUGGAAAGCCUCCCCCUCAUCGAACCCAGCAUCAACCACCAACCCACACCCGAAAUACUACAAAGCGCCCUCCAAGAAGAAGACCAUGAUGGCCCAUUCACAUCCUCAAACCAAAUCACUAUCAUCGAAACGCUCUACGACCUGGGCCUCAAGCUUAGUCUCGCUAAUCUCGAUAUCCUCUCUGGUCUUACUCGCAUCGGCUCAGCAUGACUUCACCUCGAACGUGACCGAUCUCAGUGGAACUUGGUCUUCUGGCUGGGGGUCCGUUCGGACUGGUGCUGGAUUUGCCAACCCAGUUAACUUCUCGUUCAACUAUCCGCCUACGUCUGGCAUUUCCAUGAGCUUCACCAGCGAUGGAUAUUGGGAGGAGGCACAGUACAGAUUCGUUUCAAAUGGUACGAGACCUAACUGUGUCAAGGCAGUCGUCUUAUGGCAACAUGGUCGAUACACUUUAGAAUCCAACGGGUCCUUGACCACUCAGCCCAUUGAGGCUGACGGGCGAAUCCAAAUUCAAGAUCCCUGUGCCGCUCAAACCUCAAUCAUCACUUAUUACUACCAACCAGGCUUAUAUCAAUCCUGGCAGAUCUUCAACGACGCCCAUCACAACACGUAUAACUUACAGCUACAAGCAUUCGAUAACGCACUCUUCCCCAGACUUUAUCUCGUCACCCGACCACCGGACAUGCUUCCAACUAACCAACUCACCUCAAAGUCGAAAAAAUCUAAGCGCUCGCUACCCGAACAACAUACCGGCUCGACUCCUUCGUCUUCUAAACUGUGGAAGAGAUGGUACGAUGCUUGGAUGUCUUGA